AUGUUCUCGUCAAUUGAGUCGUUGCUUCAAAAAUCUCUUCCAAAAGCUUCAUCCAGCCAGUUUUCAACUAAAAAUUCUACUAAUAAUGAUCUAAUUCAGCCAAUAAAGCAAUCAUCUUCGAAUCAACCUUUCGCAUCAUUGAAUCAGUUUGAUAUUCCAAGCGAAUGCUUCAAAUCAUCAGAUAAUUCAAAUCGUUCUUUAAGUAAUUCUAUUAGUAAAAAGCAGAAUUCACCAAUAAAUUUUUCAAAACCAAAUCUCAAUGAAUUUUUAUACAAUUCGCAGGAACGAAGUGCAACUUCCACGAUACCUCAUCUUACUCCAUCCACCACGUUAAAUUCGUGUGAUUCCUUCAGUGAAGCGAAUAGUUUCAUUUCCAAUCAAUCUUCACCAAAGCCGAUAACUUUCGCAAUAUCGCCAAGAUUAUUCAUUGAACAAUUACAAUAUCCAUUAAAUACAAGUUUACCACUACUAUAUGAUCAUAUCGCUCUUACAAUUGGUGCAUGGCAAACACUCGGCAAAAUGCGUCGUCCAAGAACGGCUUUUACUAGCGAACAAUUGAUUGAACUUGAAAGAAAUUUUGCUGAAAGCCGCUAUUUAUCGCGACCUCGAAGAUAUCAACUUGCGCAGGAGUUAAAUUUAACAGAAACACAAGUGAAAAUUUGGUUCCAAAAUCGAAGAAUGAAAAAUAAGCGAUCACUUAUCAAUACUAAUAUUUUAAUUAACUAA